UUCAGCAGUGCUGCUGUGUGACCCACUCUGAUAGGCCCUGAGUGCGUCACACUGGGGUUUCACCUUGACGACUCACAGGGCCCUGUCUGCUCAGUUCCUCCCAUCUUCUCUGACAGAUAGAUAAGCAGGAAAAGAAAGUAUCAGCAGUUUCCCUCGGCUACCACUCAACACAUAAACACGCGUACACACACACCAACUUGCGACAAGACAAGAUGACCACGCUGCCGCUGGCAUGGACUCUGUUGACUGUUUCUCUGUGGACAGCAGGUUCGAGCCAGAUUCUCCUACAAGAACCCGUCAAAGUUCUGUAUCCUGCGAUCUCCACUCAGGAGAAUAUUGAGUGCAACUGCAUCAACUCCUGUGACUCUGUCUACUGGUUCCGCAGGACUCCCCAUCACAGCGACCUACAGUUCCUAGGCAAAUGCAACAAUGCUGAGCGUGUUAACUUUGGGGCUGACGUAGAUCAGGCACGGUUUAAACUCAGCAAGAGAGGGAAUACGGCCUUUGUGCUGCGCAUCGACAGCGUGAAGGCAGAGGACGCAGGGACUUAUUCCUGCAUCCUAAAGGACAAGAGCGGUCAAGAUACAUGGAGGCCUGGGACUGUUCUUCGGCCGGGAGAGACCCCUCCAACGGCACCUCCAAAGCCAAAACCCAAACCUCCAGUCAAGUCCGUCUGCCACUGUAGCCCUAAGAAGAAGCCUACACAUGAUGGCUGUGACUACCUGGUUCUGUGGCCGUUGGUCGGAGCCACUGCGGGCCUGGCUCUGGCUCUCAUCUGCACACUGUACUACUUCAGUCGGCUUCCAAAGAAAUGCCGCCACAACUUUGUAAAGAUGAGACAGAUGCCCUGAAGCAAUGCAUCUACAGCUGAGACUCACAAGGCUGACGAGCUUCAUUUGAGCUGAUGUCCAGUGGAGAAUGACGGCCGUGAUUCCGAUCUGCUCUGCGGCCGACAACCCAUCGUGUGCAGUUAGAUUAAACGUUCGCCCGGACUGUAACUUUAGCAGCAGAUAUAUGUGAUAUAUGUAAAUUGUGAUUCAUCGACUAUUUUCUCCUGCAUGUUUUACAAGACAGAGCUCCAGCAAGUUUGAAUUCAACCCAAGUGUUGUAAUGUUCAUCUGUAAAAAUGAAUAUGCAGAUUCCAUUCAUUUAUCAUGACAGGCUUGUGAUGUUUUAUUUUAUAAUUUUAUAAAUAAAUGUUGGGACACUUCAAAGCCGUACUUUUCUGUGGCACAAAUGUGUUAUGUAGAUUACCCAGAAUAUUUUCAUUUACACACAAAAAGCAGGUAGAUCAUAAGACAGCUCCAAUAGAAAUUGCUUGUUGCUUUCUUUGCUAUUUAUUUUUGUUGUUUUGUAUUUUACAUUGUUUUAAGUGUAAGUGUUCAAACAACAAUCUUGACGAAAACAACUCGCUCAAGUUGUCAUUUCUGUGAAGAUUCAUCUAUAAAAUCAGUAAAUCAAUAAAAUUGUAUAUUUCCAAUCA